AUGGAGGGAACAACGUUUGCAGUGGGAAAUUUGAAAUCAAGAAAUGGAGGGAACAGCAAUGCUGGUUCCUCUGGUUCUAACUCCACUACAGCUCAAGGACAAGCAUCUGAUGAUGAGGAUGGAAGGCAAGAUGGGGACCCACGAACACGGGACCCUCCUCUCGAUCCCAAAAACUUAAAAGAUUCUCAAGAUUCAAGCCCAAAGGUGGUGAAGAUUGACUCAGAAAAUAUCAAGGAGGGGCGAAUACCUAAACCUUGGAAUAGUCUCUUCGCAAGACAAGCAUCUGGUAAACCGACUGGACAACCGGUAGAUGCUAUUGCUGAAAGGUUUGGAACCUACAAGGAGAAAUUACUGAAAAUAGUUGCAGCAAAAGCCAAAUAUGAGGCUCAACAAGGUGGAACUUCCAGUGUACCAACCGAUACCCCCACCGGUAAGACCAAAGAAGCCAAAGCAGUUGAGAAGAAGAAAGCUGAAGAAACUAAGGUGAAGCCUGCUGAAUCUCAAAGAGGGAAACCCUCUAAACUACAAUUCCAAAGGAAAGGUAAAACUAUUGAACCUCCUAUUGUGCUUGCCCAAACCGGAAAAAGAAAGAAGGAGAAAGCUCACAAGCUAGUGAUAGAUAUUGAGGAAACAAAUUCAGAAGAAGAUAAGAAAACACUAAGGGAAAGUGCUAAGAAGAAAAAGACUACUCAAAAAGCCGCCAUUAGACAGGAUAAAGAAGUUAUUGAUUACACUCUUGAACACCUACAACUGGAAGCCAGUGAGGAAGAAAUAAAAGAUGUACAAGUUGAGAACAAAGGAGAAGAGAAAGAAGCUGACAAAAGCUCAACUGAGCAACUGGUGAAUGCUCAAUCCGCAGUAACACAAACUCCACUGGUAAAUGCAACCAUAGAUAAAAAUGUAAAUGAUGCUAUCAAUGACAGCCAGAAGGAUAUGGUUGAGGAAAAGAAGGCAAAGGAGGCACCGACUACUAAACAAAGUGUGGAAAUGCAACCACCACCGGUAAAGAAACAUCAUGUUGAAAGUCAACUUCCACCGGUCACUACAACAACACAGAAGGAACAAAUAGAGACAAGGAAAGAGAAAACAGAGGAAGAAAAGACAAAGAAAAAGGAGAAGACAGAUAAUAAGGAUCAAGAGAAGAAGUAG